UUGAUGAAACAGCGAGAAGAGGAGCAGCUCGGAUUACCGAAAUGGAUUUUACAGACUCAAAUUAAACUAUCAUCUGGACAACUCGCGGAUUUUGGUGUGGACAAAUCUUCGUUACAAGGAGUUUUUCUCGUUUGUGACUGAGUACAUCGUUGGAUUUUUGUCGACUUUUCGUGGGAUAUUAAUCGUAGCUUCGCUAGCCGUUAGCCUUUGUCAGGCCGUUAGUGUUUCAGAAUGUGGUGAGGCCUAUGUAGCAUGUUAGCUGUUUGCACGUUUUACUCGGAGCGUUACGGUUUUGGAUUAACAUUAUUAAGUCUAACAGCAGUAAUAUAAACAUUGUGGACUCUUUGUGGAUUUUUGCCCUACGGUUUUGUGGACUUUUCGUUGUUCGUUUGCCUGUUCUUUUUACAAAACUAUCAAAAAGGCAAACCAUUGUGGACUGUUGCUCGGAAAAGCCUUGCGGCGCAGCCGGUUGGGCUUUCCAUCAAGGACAUUUCACCAAGGACUUGGCCAGAUUGACACCCAUAUAAUAAUACACAUCCUACUGCAUGGACUCUUUUGGAUUUAAUCGCACUCUGGUGUGUCUUAUUGGACUUAAGAACUGACGAGGUCCACGGUGCCUUCAGGCGCUUUGGCCUCACAUCUCGUUCAUUUUGUUUGGCAAUGAACGAUAAAGACUGUCGUCAUCUGCAAGCUGAACCUUUGCUUGUUUCAGCAUUUACUUUGUCAAGUGUUUCCUCGAAUAUAAAGAAGGUUUUCCAAUUAAAGUUUCCGCAUUUAGCCUGUGUUCAGUGUUGAGGCUGUUUGAUUUUCUCACAAUAACAGACCUGUGUUCCUUUUUAACCUUCUGUUUGGUUGACAUUAUUUAGAGCUGUGAAAAUGUCGUGUGUUCACUAUAAGUUCUCUUCCAAACUGGACUACAACACAGUCACUUUUGAUGGGCUGCAUAUCACCCUGAGUGAGCUUAAGAGGCAGAUUAUGGCCCGAGAACGCCUCAAGGCCACAGACUGCGACCUGCAGAUCACCAACGCUCAAACCCGAGAAGAAUACACAGAUGAUGACGCACACAUCCCAAAACAUUCAUCAGUGAUCGUUCGACGCACUCCGAUCGGAGGAGUAAAACCUGCUGGCAGGACGUUCAUUGUUGAUCGUUCUGACUCAGCUGUGGUUGGAUCUUCUAGACCCACGGAUUCUUCUCCUUCUUUGACUCUUGCGCAGCUCGCCAAGACCCCAAACCUGGUAGACGCAAAUGCAUCCGAGGAGGACAAGAUUAAAGCCAUGAUGUCUCAGUCGAACCAUGAAUACGAUCCUAUACAUUAUUCCAAAAAGGCAACUGGACCCCCGCCUGCUCACUAUCUCUGCUAUCGCUGCGAGAAGUCUGGCCACCACAUUCGAAACUGUCCUGCGCUGGCGCAGGAUAAAAGUGCAGAAGCUCCUAAGCAAGUAAAAACCAGUAAGGGCAUACCACAGAGCUUCAUGGUGAAAGUGGAGCCAGGAGCCAAGGGAGCGAUGUUGACGAACACCGGAGAAUAUGCCAUACCGGCUAUAGAUGCAGAGGCGUAUGCUCAAGGAAAGAAAGAGCGCCCUCCGUUUGUUCCUCACGAACAGUCGUCGUCUGAAGAUGAUUCAGACCCGAUUCCUGAUGAACUCUUGUGUCCGAUCUGCAAUGACCUGAUGACUGAUGCUGUGGUUAUACCCUGCUGUGGAAACAGUUACUGUGAUGACUGUAUCAGGACCUUUUUGUUGGACUCAGAGGAGCACAUUUGCUUCACAUGCAAACAGUCGGACGUGUCGCCUGACAAUCUUAUUGCCAACAAGUUUCUUCGACAGGCUGUGAAUAACUUCAAGAAUGAGACGGGUUACACCAAACGUGGACGCAAGCAGGUCCAGCCUGCAGCCCCUCCUCCGCCUCGCCCACAGUUGUUCAGGCCUCUGCACUCAAGACAGCAGGACCCUCUUCUGGCCAAUGUUUCUCAUCCUCCAUCAACAAGCGUACCCACAACAGCCCCUAAGUCAGAAGUCCCACCGCUUGCACCUUCUACUGCUGCAGCUGCCACUCCUCCUGCUCCUGCAACGCCUAGUCCUCCUCAUGCUGCAGCAGUUGAAGAAGGAGAGGCUUCACCGACGCCUGAACUUGUUGACAGUCAUUCUCCUGAACUCUCAAACAGCCAGGAUGAACCACCCCCUCUAGAGGAGGCUGAGCCAGAGCCAGCUAUGACUCGAGAAGACUCUUCAGGACCAUCAAAAUCUACAUCACAGAGCUACAGUUUGCCCGUUAUUAGUCACUUGCCACCUGCAAGGCAUUCGUCAGGCCAGCAGUCGAGGCCCAGCCAGUCCCACAGAGGAGGAGGAAACAGACACUGGUACAGAAAUCGAGGGGAGCAACCCCCUAGUCACCUCCAGACCGCACUACCUCCAGCACCUGCCCCUCAAGUUUAUCCAGCUCCCCUGUAUCCAGCCCCACCCCAGCCCUACCCUCCUCCGUACAGCUCAGGGCCCGGCCUUAUCCCCCCACCUGCCAUCAGUUUCCAGCCACAGCCUGUCUAUGCCCCUGGACCACCAGGGCUGAACCCUCCCUGGAUUGCCCCCGGUGCCCCGCCCUCUCUUGUCCCUUUACCAGCACCUCUGUUACCGCCUCAUCUAUCUAAAGACGAUUUCUACAGACCGAGGCACCACCGACAAGACAAAGUUACAUCCAAACUGGAUGAAUUCACUAAAGACUUCCAUGAAGAACUUAUGAAAUACAGAAAUGCUUCAAAAAGACGGAGACGAUCCUAUUCCAGGUCUCGGUCAUUCAGCCGCUCAAUAAGCCGCUCUCCUUACUCACGCUCUAGAUCAAGAUCCAGGUCUUACUCUUUUUCUCCAAGUCGAUCCCGUUCGCGGUCCCAUGGCCGAUCUUAUCCCCGCUCAUCUUAUUCUAGACGCAAUGGACGCAGUUUUGGACGUUCGCGGACAAGGUCCCGCUCUCGUUCAAGGUCGUAUGGUUACCGGCGCUCAGGCUCGCCACGUUCUCCUCUCUCCUACCGGGCAGGUGGUUGGGAUGGCGCAGAAAGUGCCAGACCCUAUAGGUCGAGGUCACGGUCACGCUCUCCUGGUGGCUAUCGGAGCCGUAGCCCUGGUGGUCGAAAGCCACCUCCUCGGGAAUUGCUGCCGUAUGACCUAAAGGGAGCCAGUCCAGGAAGUCAUGACCGAUGGGAAAGAGAACGGUAUCGACAGAUGGAGAAGGAAUACACAGACUGGUACAACAACUAUUACAAAGACUAUGACGGCAAACAUCCUGUCCUGCAUCACAGAGGUCGUAGCAGAGAACGAGACAAAAUGUCUUCGUCAUCCAGAGAUUAUUCACCCCAGGGCAAAGGAAAGCGAGGCAAAAAAGAGAGAGAUGGUGCACCUCAUCAUCUCCCAUCUUCUGCUGCAUCAGGUACUAAGUCCAGCUCUAAAAUCUUAAAGUCAAAGAAAAUUAAAAAGAAGAAGGCGAGAGAGGAGCCUCAAGCAUCACAGCAGUCUCUGGAUACAGGUGAUGUUACUCCAGUCAGAGAUGAACCAAUGGAUGAACUAUCACCAAAUAAAACACCUCCUGUCUCUUCGAGGCAUUCAGGUGGCACCCAGGCUCCAAAAGCUUCAGCUUCUAAAGGUACUGCUGCUCCUGCUAAACCCACAACCAAAUUAACAUCCAAGGCCCAGUUGGAUAAAACGAAGAAAGAAAAAGGUCUAAAGGUGAAAGCUAAACUUAAGACCGAGGCUGUGAAGGUGAAGAGUGACAAGUUGAAGAAAAAGACUGGAGAAGCUGUGUUGACCAAAAAGAAAGACUCUUCAAUGUCUUCCUCUGUUACUAAAUCAUUAAAGACUGUUAAAACCAAACCAGAUGACACUUCCAACUCAACUACACCCAAAAAAGACAAGAGUAAAAGCUCCACUAUGAGGCCCGCCUUGAUAAAGCCCCCGUCGGCUUCUUCCCACAAUCUGCCUCCACCUCAUCCUUUUCACGAUGGCCCUCGAUCCAGCCACGACAUACAGGGUAGAAGAGACUUUUCAAAGGGUGAUGGUCACCUCCCUCCUCUCAACAGACUCCUUCCCCGACCUCCAUCACCAAUAGAUAGUUGGAGGAGGAUUGGAGAGGAGUGUCGCCCUUUACUGGGACCCCCUCCUGAAAAGCUGAGGAGACUAGAUGGGUUAGAUGGUGGAGGGGAUGCCCCCUUUUAUAUGCAUCUCCAUCAACCUCCACUCCGCAGGCUGCCACACCCUGCAGACAGACCUUUUCUUUCCUUCCCAGGUCCCCAUGAACUGGGCCGGGGAGAAAUAGAUCGAGGAGCCAUUAGACCUUUGGACAUUCAGAAGCCAUUGAGGAAAAUCAAGUUGAACAGAGAUCUGGGACGAAGACGCAGUAUUGAGAGAGCCCCCUCUGACAGAACGCAGUCGGGUCCUGAAAAGACGACCACCUCAGAAGGAGCAGUCAGGAAGGAGCGAUCAGCAUCUGCAGAAAGGGGGAUCUCCAGAGAGAGACCAGGCAGCGCAGGAGACAGGUGCCACGGGUCAAACCGAGAGCAGGACAGAGAGCGAGACAGACCUUCUGGUUCAGAUAAAGGCAGAGAGAGGGACAAGGUUUCUGACAGAGAGAGGGACAAAGUAUCUGACAGAGAGAGGGACAAGGUCUCUGACAGAGAGAGGGACAAAGUCUCUGACAGAGAGAGGGACAAGGUCUCUGACAGAGAGAGGGACAAGGUCUCUGACAGAGAGAAGGACAAGGUCUCUGACAGAGAAAAGGAAAAGGUCUCUGACAGAGAGAAGGACAAAGUUUCUGUCUCAGGCUCACAGAAAGCAUCAGUGAGCAAAGGCACAGAAAGCAAGAAGUUGAUAAAGACUGAACAAAACAAAUCCACUGGUGGAAGUGGGGGUGGGAGGUCAGUCUCUGUGGAUAAAAUGACAAUCGGCGAAAAGUCUGCCAUCACCCGAAAAUUGACAGACCAUGAAAAACCAAGCGUUUCUUCCAAAGAGAGUGGGGAUGGGUCAGAAAGAGUCACUACUCACGACAGGAGUACAUCCAAGGACAGAACAGCAAAGAGUGCCCUCUCAGGAGAAAAACCAGCUGCUGCUCAAAAAGAAGGAGCCAAAGAUGGUCAGGAGACAACUGUGAAGAGAAAACCCAGGAUCAGUCGUAAGGCUUUGACAAGCCACGCUGCAAUCUCUAAGUCGACUAAAGAGAAAAGGCAAGACUCGGAAAAAGACAAGAAGAAUGUAUCUUCCAACCCUCCAGAGCAGCCUCAGUCCAGCCCUGUGAGCAGCAGUAAUCGCAGCCCGAGUGCCAGCCCGGCCAGGGAAGAGCCCCUCAUUCAGCCGCCCCCACGCUCCAAGUGGGAGAGGGAAGAUGACGAGGAAGGCUUGGAGGAUGGUUUCGCUGCACCAGUGUUGCAAAAGAGCCGAGGAAGAGAGGGGCAGCUCGAAGUCCCAAAAUCUGUCAAGAGUGAAGUUAGGGAUGCUUCAAGGGAGGAGAAGAAAGGAUCAACCAGAGAGGAAAAGAAAGAGAAAGCUGUGAAGGAGGAGGGUAAGGGUAGCAGGUCUUCACAUACAGAUUUAGACAAACCACCCAAAUCAAAAGUUGUGAGGGAAGAGGAAAGACGCACUUUAGGGAAAGACGAUGAUAAAAGAGGUGGACGAGAGGAGAGUCGUAACCCUGAGCCCAGGAAGCAGCGCUUGUGUUCCGACUUGACACGGGAGACGGACGAGGCGGCUUUCGUGCCGGACUACAGCGAAGGCGAAGGUUCUGAGCUGGAGAGAGGGAAGAGCGGCAGCCCGAGCGAGUCUGUUGUUCAGCCGUCCCUUAGUCCGUCGGCAAGCAACCUCAGCAGCUCAGUCCCCACAGCUGAAAAGAAGAAGAAACACAAGAGGCACAAAAAAGGCAAGAAGCACAAGAAGCACAGCAGCCAGGAUAAAGGAGGGUCCCGGCACCACAAGCACAAAAGCAAGAAGAAGAAGCUCAAAAAGAGCAAAGACAAAGAUGUGGAGGAAGAUAAGAAGAAGGGAAAAAAAGGAAGAAAAGGCUCCAUUUGAACUGGCUUGAUUGCCAAAUAUCAUCAACUUCAUGGCUGUGAACAAGAUUUAUUUUAUUUUUUUCCCAAUAAACAACUGAUCACUUCUGCUCCAGCUGCCUCCUUUAAAGGAAUCAGUGGAGACUGUUGAUCGUUCCUGACACUGACGAAGAGCUCCUGUUCAUCCUCCUGCCACAACUCCAAACAGAACGAGAUGGACUUUUGUUGUGCCUGAAAUCGCUGCUGGGGUCUCGUAAAGUGCUGGUGGGGGUCACAAACAACUGGAGGGAUGCCGUGAAGCCCCAUUUUAAUCAGCCGACCCAAAAAGACUGCUGAUCACACAGCAAUCAGUCUGAUAGGAAUAACGAGCACUGUACUCAGGGAUGUGAUUGCUUCUUGUUAAAGAAUGGCUGUUUCUCUUUGAGUUGUUUGUAAAUAGAAAUGUUUGUUUCUCCUCGGUUUGAUCACACCACAGUUUGCUUGUCAGGGCUUUAAUAUUGAACGACUGUCGUUACUGAAAUCGCAAUUACCAUCUUUUUCCAUCUCUACUAGCAGUUUUGCAUGUUUUAGCACAUAAGCUCCAAAUGAUGGCUUUUGGUUAUUUUUAAUAAUUUACAACUAUAAUUUUUUAAAGUCAUUAUU